GCGCCGUGCGUCACACCCGGAAGUGGCGGCCGAGCGCAGAGGGGAGCGAUGAGCGGGGGAUCCGGGGAGCUGUCCGUGGCGCCCCCUCCCGGGGAGGUGGAACCGGGCAGCGGGGUCCGCAUCGUGGUGGAGUACUGCGAGCCCUGCGGCUUCGAGGCCACCUACCUGGAGCUGGCGAGCGCCGUGAAGGAGCAGUACCCGGGCAUCGAGGUCGAGUCGCGCCUCGGGGGCACAGGGGCCUUUGAGAUCGAGAUCAACGGACAGCUGGUGUUCUCCAAGCUGGAGAACGGGGGUUUCCCUUAUGAGAAAGAUCUCAUCGAGGCCAUCCGCAGAGCCAGUAAUGGAGAACCCCUAGAAAAGAUCACCAACAGCCGCCCUCCCUGUGUGAUCCUGUGACUGCUCAAAGUUCCAGGGUCCACGCCGCGGGCUCCCCCAGCCCUGCUGGACGCUCCUCCACCUCUCCCUUCACUCAGCCCCUGGUAGCUAAGGGACCCUGGCCUCGACUUCGCCCUUCAGACACUGAAGGGAAAAGGAGCUUUGGUGGUCACUGGAGUAGGAAUGACGCUCUCCGUUGACUUUCCACAACCACCCCGUCCCUACACGCUUCCCCAGGCGCAGUGUCCACGAAAGCACUUGAAAGCACUUGCCAGAGGCCGCAGCGGAUCUAAUUCACUUCCCCUAAACCCUGGGCCGUGUUAGCUGUGGGCAAUAAAGAGGCACCCAGACACUCUGAAGAGGGGUGUGUUUCUGCAGCUUGGGGAGAGCCUGGCCUCCACACCCCCUGGCCGGUGGACAGCUCCUGCCUCUCACUUCCCCCUGCCGCAGCGGGAGGAAGUGACCCCACUCUGGGGUGGCCUUUGGAGUGAGUCCGACCAAGCAAGAGUGAUUAGCAGGCUGCAGGCUCUAAGAUCAGAGCCCUCCGUUCCCAGUCCCUGCAUCCCAAAGCCAGGAAUGGCAGGCUGGGCUUCUGGCUCAGGCUCUGGAAGGUCCCAGCCACCCGCUCUGAUGGAGCUAUGGGCAAGGUGGGCAGAAGGGCCUGGCACUGAGCUACCCCACACGGAGGCCAGGCCCAGCUGCUUUUCACGACCUGCCAAUGGAGAAAGUCGGGGUGGAGAGGGGUACCCCACUCAGCCCCUGGGCACCCCCAUUCACAGUAUA